ACUUCAACCCGGAACAGCAUGAAAGAGUUGCUUUCUGUCCUCGGAUGAGGUGAAUCUAUCAAAAUCAUGUCUGCUAAUAGAAGGAUAACGCUCAUAUUUGGAGGCUUCAUUGCAGCUGUUGCUGUGGCCUUUUAUCCUAUAUUUUUCCAUCCGCUCACUCACACUGAAGACUACAAGCAGAUCCAGAAGGUAAAUCGAGCCGGAAUCAAUCAAGCAGAUGUGCAGCCGGUUGGUGUGAAGAUCUGGUCUGAUCCCUUCAAGCCAAAAUCAUGAUUCCAGUGUGUGGACGAAAAUUAAGUAAAUAAACAUGAGGAUUGAUGUGUGAGGAUUGAGUAUUUGAGACAAACACAUUAACUCGUUGCUGCCAUGCAUCAGAUGAGACUUUAAGGAUGUUUGAAUAUUUUGAGUGUGCAUAUUUUAUGUGGGAAUGUGACUGAAUAACAAAAAAAAGUUGCUUUGUUUCUCAGCACUUAAAAAUAUUAUGUUCAUGAAUCACUUUGAAUAGUUGUGUUUAUUGCUGGUGUAUUAAUGGAGUAAAUUACUAUUCUGCUAUUUGUAUUCUGAAUAAAAACAAUGUUCCUCAA